AUGGAGGAUCAGCGACCAAGACUGGCCUGGAACAACAAACCUAUUGAGACAGAAAGAGAGAGGGAAAGAGACAGAGAAAGGGAGAUGGAAAGGGAGAGAAAAUCAGAAUUGGAAAGACAAGAAAUGAACAAGAAAAUGAAAAUGGCAGAAGAAACGAUAAAAGUGUUAGAACGAGAGAUUGAGAGAUUGAAAGAGACUGAAAAGGAAGUCAAAUUUGAAAGAGAACGAGACAUGCGUAUUGCAGAGAAUGAGAAAGUCAAACUGGUUAACGAAAAGGUGAAAGAGUUAGAGAGAGAGGUUGAGAGACUGAAAGAAGAUAUGACAACAAAAGAGAUUCAAUACAAAAUCAAAUUUGAAAGAGCAAAAGAAGCGUAUAGAAGACAGAAUGAGAGAGUGAAACAGGUUAACCAAAAUGUACUAGUGUUAGACAGAGAGGUUGUGAGAAUGAAAGAAGAGAUUAGAUUGAAAGACGAGACUGAACCAGAGAGAACAUUUGAUAGAGACAGAGAGAGAGAAAAUGAUUGGAGACGAACUGAAGAGGAGAUGAAAAAUAGAGUGGAGAGAGAGAUGGAGAUGGAGACAGCCCUCAUCAAUGACAAAAAGAAGUCUGAAUUGGAGGAAGUCUUCAAGAAAAUCAAGGAACAGCUGAAAGAAUGUGAAAAUAUGGAAACAGACAAAUUUAAAUGGAAACAGAACCAAAUGGACAUGGAGGAGAAGAUGGAGGGUGAGAACAACAAACAGAAAGAGGUAGAAAGAAAGAGAAUGGAGAAAAUACCAAAACAGAGACAACAAGAAGAUGAGAAGAAGAAAGAGAUGGAGAGAGAAGAAGAGGAGAGACGCAAACAGAAGCACAUAGAGAUGGAAGAGGAAGAAAGAGAGAGGGAGAAAGAGAGACAGGGAGAGAUCAAAAGGAAGAGAAUGGAGAAGAGACAGAAAAAUAUGGAAAGAGAAGAAGAGAGACAGAGAGAGAUUGAAAGAGAGCAUGAAGAAGAAAGAUGUAAGCAGAAGCAAAUAGAGAUGGAAGAGGAAGAAAGAGAAGAAGAGAGACAGAGAGAGAUCAAAAGGAAGAGAAUGGAGAAGAGACAGAAAAAUAUGGAAAGAGAAGAAGAGAGACAGAGAGAGAUUGAAAGAGAGAAUGGAGAAGAAAUAUGUAAACAGAAGCAAAUAGAAAUGGAAGAGGAAGAAAGAGAAGAAGAGAGACAGAGAGAGAUUGAAAGAGAGAAUGAAGAAGAACGAUGUAAACUGAAGAAAAUAGAGAUGGAAGAGGAAGAACGAGAGAGGGAGAAAGAGAGACAGAGAGAGAUCAAAAGGAAGAGAAUGGAGAAGAGACAAAAAAAUAUGGAAAGAAAAGAAGAGAGACAGAGAGAGAUUGAAAGAGAGCAUGAAGAAGAAGUAUGUAAACAGAAGCAAAUAGAGAUGGAAGAGGAAGAAAGAGAAGAAGAGAGACAGAGAGAGAUUGAAAGAGAGCAUGAAGAAGAAAGAUGUAAACAGAAGCAAAUAGAGAUGGAAGAGGAAGAACGAGAGAGGGAGAAAGAGAGACAGAUAGAGAUGGGAGGGAAAGAGAGACGACAACAACAAGAGGAGAGAAAGAGAACGUUUGAGAGAUAUCAAGAAGAAGAAGAUAUAUUGAAACAGAAGCAAAUUGACAUGGAGAAGGAGGGAAGAGAGAAGGAGAAUAAGAGACAGAGAGAGAUAGAAGAGAUACACAGACGACAACAACAAGAGGAGAGACAGAAACAAAUGGAGAAGGAGAAAGAAAGGGAGAAAGGCAAUGAGAAUCAGAGAGAGAUGGAAGUAAAAGAUCAACAACAGAAAGAGAUGGAGAAAGAAAAGAUGAUUAUGAGAGAGAGGGAGGAAGCAGGAAGAAGAAAGGAGGGGCAGAAAAAUAUUUUGGGGGAAAUUGAGGGACAGAAUGAACUGGAGAUAGAACAUGAGAGAGAGAUGGAAGAAAAGCAUGAAGUGAUUAAGGAAGCAGAGGAAGAGUACAGGGAAAGAGAAGAGAGAGGAAAGGAAGUAAGCAUGAAGAAACAUGUAGUAGUUAAUGUUAAAGCAAAAGCACGGGAAGUCUUCAAUAGACGUAAAGAGAGGAGGUUAGAAGUGUUGAAGGGGGAACGAGAACACAUAGAAAGAGGACAACAAAUCAGGAGGGAGAAGGAGGAAAGACGGCUGGAGAUGGAAAGAAAACAGGAGAGGGCAAGACAACAAGAGGAGCAGGAUAAAAAACAAGAGAUUGAAAUUGCUAGACAGAAAGAAAUGUUCAGACUAAGAGAGGAGGAGAGACAGAGAGAAGAAGAGAGAGAGGAGGAGAGAAAGAGAGCCAUUGAAGGCCAUUUAUCUUUAAUCAGAGAGAGAGAGAUAAUAGAGUUAAACAGAAGAGAGGAGAUGGUGGAAGAGGAAAGAAGGGAAUUCAUUGAAAAGCACAAGAGGGGUGACUUAGAGGAGGAGGAGAAGGAAGAAGACAAGGAGGACAUUCUCCCACCUGAUAAAAGUAUCCGAAGGAGAGCUGUGGGCUGGGUAAAUAAGAAGUGGGAGGAGAGGAACCUCAAGAAGAUCGAGAGAACCUAUCAGAGAGAAGCUGAGGAGGGCUGUAAGAUCGUCAACAAAGUCAUCCCUGGACCCAUAAUGCUAACCAUGACCCGGGCAGAGAGAGAGAGGGAGAAGAGGAAGGAACUUUUGAAGGCUGAGGAGAGAAGGAAGAAGAUGGAGGAUUUUAAUAAGCAGUGGAGAGAGCAGUCCCUGCUUAAAAAACAAACUCAUCAGAAACUGAUGGAGGAGAGGGGGAAGAUGAAGGGACAUUACCUGGAGCAGAUGAAUCUGGAGGCUGAUGCUCAAAUCAACACCCGGUGUCUAACCACCCAACACAGCCACGAUUAUCUGGAGACAACACAGCCCACUGGAUCUGGAGAUGACCACCAGGAAAGGCCAAGGAGGCAACAGGCAUGGGCAGAGAACCAGGAGGGGAGUUCAGAGAACCAGCAGGAGUGGCCGGAGAACCAGCAGGGGGGGCCAGACAGCCAGCAGCUAGAAGCUCCAGAAGAGGCUGAAACAUCAGAGCCAACCUCCAAGAACAAGAAAAGGCCAGGCAUCUGGAAGAGAAUUAAGAUGGGCAUUCCUGACCUGCUGUCUGCCUAGAGCUGGAACUCGAAGAAGCCACAGUUCCACUGAGGUUACGUUGGUCA